AUGUCGGACGUAGUGACGGUAGGGUUUGCGUGCGUGUUUGGAAUCUGGAGCUGUGUGGUGCUCGUGGUGCAGAGCAUUGGUAUCUUUCAAAUCUUCCGACAGUACUCGAGGCCACCGAGGCGGGCAGCCGUGGAGGCGCUUCCUGACGAAGCAGUGCCUCAUGUGACGGUGAUCCGGCCGGUCAAGGGCUUGGAGCCGGCGCUGUACGAAUGCAUCGCGUCGACGUUCCGGCAGUCGUACCCGCGGUCGCGACUCAGCGUACAUCUGUGCGUGGAGGACCGGGACGACGCGGCGCUGGCAGUGCUGGAACAGGUGGUGGCGGACUUUCCAGGGGUGGACGCACGGAUCUACGUGGAGGCAGAGGAUCCGCUGCUGCACGGAGCCGACGGCCAUCACAACAACCUGGGACCGAAUCCCAAGAUCCGCAACAUCAGCCGGGCAUACCGGGAGGCACGCGGCGACAUUGUGUGGAUCGUCGACUGCAACGUGUGGGUGGCCGAGGGCGUGGCCGGGCGCAUGGUCGACAAGCUGUGCGGCAUUGGCGAGAACGGGACGCAGGCGAAGCCGUACAAGUUUGUGCACCAGCUGCCGCUGGUCAUCGAUAUUACGCGUGGGGGAGAAGAUGAGCAGCUGCAGGAGAGCAGCGCUACGGUCGCCAGCCGGAUCUCACGGCUUCUUGCUGGCGGUGGCGGCCGGCUGGACGAGAUGUUCAUGGCGACGACACACGCCAAGUUUUACUGCGCAAUCAACACAGUCGGCGUGGCGCCCUGUAUUCUGGGCAAGAGCAACAUGUUCCGGCGGUCGCAUCUGGACCGGCUGACGGAUCCGGCCUGCAAUCCAACCGUUCUCUCGGCGGCCGACAAUGACCGUGGCCGCGGCAUCGACUUUUUCUCGUCGUACAUCUGUGAGGACCACCUGAUCGGCGACCUGCUGUGGCGCUCACCGCUGCCAGGUUUCCGGAAUCACGGCCUGGCAGCUGGCGACCUCGCCCUGCAGCCCAUGGCCGACACGUCCGUCCGGGCCUAUGCUGCCCGCCGUGUCCGCUGGCUGCGUGUCCGCAAGUGGACCGUCCUGCUGGCCACUCUGGUCGAGCCGGGCGUCGAGUCGAUGCUGUGCUGCUUCUAUGCCGCCUUUGCCAUCACCACCCUGGUGCCACGCGCCCCAGCUGCCUCGCUGCUCGGUCGUCUGGCUGCUCUGCUCGCCAUUCGACCCGUCUGGACUGUCACUCUGCGCGGUUGGCUCGUCGGUGUCGCCGUCUGGCUCGUCGCCGACUGGUUCACGUCCAACCACCUGCUCGCCUGCCGUCCCGUUGAUGUCGACCUCGCUACCACCCCUCGCUUCGCCCGUGGCCGUGGCUCGACUGCCCUUCGGCGCAACGGCCGCCCCAGACGCCCUUUUGUUGUCUGGCUCGCCGCCUGGCUCGGCCGUGAACUCCUCGCCCUCCCUAUCUGGACCUGGGCCGUCCUCCUCGGCACUACCGUCUCCUGGCGCGGCAAGCAGUUCCGCGUUCGCCUAGACAUGUCCGUCGUCGAGAUCGAUGGCAACGGCAAGGCCAUCUCUUCUUCCGAUCCAGAACCCGUCAGAGACUCGGUCGCUACCAGGACCUCAAAGGCCCGUCUUGACUAA